GUAGGACAGUGGUGAAGGAGCGCGUUUGUGUCGGCUCUGCUGAAGACGGGCCCGUCGAGCGACGAAGGUAAUUCACUGAGAACGCCAGAAAUGGACAAGCUGUUGCCCAGUUUGGGAUAAUUGAGUUACAGCUAGUGAACGCCGAAAAUAGUUUGCUCUCUUUCAAGAAGAAACUGUUGACGUGGGAAGCGAAAACUCACAACAAACAUGACGAAUUUCACGAUGAUGGACAACAGCUCUCUUGAGAACUGUACGGCACUGCAGUUGUUGGAUAACGACACGAUCAGCUGCGGGCCGCCGCCGCCGCCCGUCUCGUACGCACUCAUCUUCAACGCGGUCAUCUACUCCAUAGUCAUGGUGAUCGGCCUGGGCGGCAACACCCUCGUCAUCUACGUCAUCCUGCGCUACAGCAAGAUGCAGACGGUGACCAACUUCUACAUCUUCAACCUGGCCGUGGCUGACGAGAUCUUCCUCAUCAGCAUACCGUUCAUCUUGACCACCAUGGCGCUGGGAGAGUGGCCGUUCGGCAUGGUGAUGUGCAAGAUCUACUGGACCAUCACCAGCAUCAACCAGUUCACCAGUAGUCUCUUCCUGACGGUGAUGAGCGCCGACCGGUACCUGGCCGUGUGCCACCCCAUCAGCUCCACGCGCUGGAGGACGCCGCUGGUCUCCAAGAUCGUCUGCCUGACCGCCUGGACUGCCAGCUCUCUGAUGGUGGUUCCCCUCUUCAUGUACGCCGCGGAGUACGAGGGUCAGUGCAACAUCUUCUGGCCGGAGAAGGUUGGCGGUUUCAAGGGCGAGAAGGCCUUCACGCUGUACACAUUCACCAUGAGUUACCUGAUCCCAGUGAUCCUGAUCCUUGUCUUUUACAUCCUGGUCAUCGACAAGCUGCGCCACGUCGGCCCCAAGAAGAGGUCCAAGGAGCGCCGCAAGUCGCACCGCAAGGUGACGCGCCUGGUGCUCACCGUCAUCACCGUCUACUUCUUCUGCUACCUGCCCUUCUGGAUCACCCAGCUGUCUCUCAUGGUGAGCAGCGAGUCCAAGGUCAACCACAGCCACUUCCUCGUCUGUCUUAUCCUCCUGGCGUACGCUCUCACCUACAUCAACUCGGCAGUCAACCCAGUACUCUACGCCUUCCUCAGCGACAACUUCAAGAAGUCCUUCGUGAAGGCGUGUCAGUGCGCCCGCGCUCCAGACGUCAACAACGUCCUGAACGUUGAGAACUCGGUCUUCCCGAGGCGCAGCAAGCAGACGGGCGGCGGCAAGUCGACGGACCUGCAUGAGAUGCAGGAGCGCGGGAUGACGCACGAGCCCAGCACGGGGGUAACGGUGAUGACGCCGCGUUCGACAGCUCGCUCUAGUCACGUGGACAGCACCAAUGGACACCUUACACUCAAAGUGCCCAUCAAGGUGUAAUGUCGCCUGAGGUCGGCUAGGCGGCCAGCCGUAAGGGUGAUGGCUAUAGAGGUAUUGUGUAGAAAUAUAGACAUUGACCGACUUUAGAUAGAUGCUGAUAUCCAGAUGUGUUAGUGCUCGACUUCGCGUGCUAUCGUUUGCUAUUCAUCUAGCAUGUAUUGACAGGACGCACACAUAAAUGACAUACCAAGCUUAUCACCUACAAAUUCGCGAUUGAGAAACAAUUCGAAUGGGCACCAUUUGCAGGCCUCGAACACUUGUGGCAUCACGUUAUUGAAGGCCAGUCAAUAACUAAAGAAGUUUCCACGCAACUCCUUUUCUGUGGGAUGCCUACGUUAGAUGAUUGCUAUGGAGAGAUAUGAAUGACAGGUCAAUGUGCUAUGAGUUUGAAUCCCUGUUAUCACUAUAAGGAGCCGUCUUUUCCGUGCGAACGAUGUAAGACGAACAGCGAGACGUCGACCUGAAAAGCUGCUCUUGGUGUUCUCUGUACGCGAAGUAGUGCCAACAUUAUCGUGUAUAUCGUCCAUGUCUGCGCUGUAUUUAAACGCUUGGCUGUCUGGACAAGUGUUUCUGAUGCGUGAAGAAUCACCUGCUAUGCUCUUGGACGUAUUGAUUAAAGGCCUCUGAUACCAACAAAGGGACUCUAGCUGCGCAUCUUGUAACAUCAAGUGACGGCCGAGCCUAGGUUGCUGAUGUGCUUUGGGGACUUCAACUGAGAGCACAGCUGAAAGACGUUUGGUCUGUAAUCUGUACUCUGCAGGACUGUGCGUGUGCAACGUCACUUGAUGAGCUCUGGAGCCAGCGCUAAGCUGUGUUACUGUGAACGUGCUACAUAAGCUGGAUGUUCGUCUAACACCUUCGGACAUGGGCUUUAACAAUCGGGCGGAGCCGAGCAGCCGCCCGCGGAUUCGGAUGUUUCGUUGGUGUUCGAUGUCGCGAUGUGAAGUAAGCUACCUUUCUGGAAUGGCUGUGAGUGUUUGACACCUGUUUCCCUGCGCUAAGUGUGAUGUUAGCUAUCGUUUCAGAGGCCACUGCGAUGUUCAAUCGGGGUGUUGACUUGCAGGUUUGCUGUAUGUAGGCAUGUCUGUUUUGUCGUCCGUUUCACAAUGUCGCGGCAGCGAUACUUACGGGGCGAAUAGUAUCUUACGGGGCAAACAGUAUCCCAAGUGGAUGGUGAUAGGAGUUCUGAGCCCUCCUGCUGCCAUCCCAAUCCUCUGAAGACCCGCUUCCAGGGUCGGUGAGCCCCACUGCGACCCAUGGGGAGCCAUGGCACCCCUCCAUCUCCUCCGGGGGUGUCACGGCUUGCCUAGACUCAGGUCGCCCAUCACAAUGAUUGUUUUUCAGCGGCACGGAAUCUAGUCGUGAAGCCGACAGGGCCCACUAUGGUUCCGGCCGUACAUACGACUUUAUGGCAUCAUAAAGUGCAGCUCUGUAUGGUCCCAGGAGUGAGCUUAAUUGAAUCGGACCCGGCGAGUCUGGUCACGACAGCGCCUGGACGAUGGAAUGGCGUGCGCUUGGCCAUGGUGGUAGAGGAUUUCGUGCCGGAAUAAAGCGCGAACCCUCACAGACGCGAGAUGUCUAAGCCUGCCUUGUGUGCAACUGGGCUGGUGGGAUUUCGUUUCAUAUCCGUUAGCGUCGUAUUUCUUUACGAAAUAUUCUGGCAUUAUUUCUCUCUGAGUUAUCUAGCCGGAAGUAAUUUGCUUGCGUUUCUGUGACUCAUAAAUUUGCACUCGUAGUUAAUUAACUGGACAUGUUCUACACAAUGCCCUUGUGUUGUUCCAUUCUAACCCUAGCUGGCUGAUCAAGUCGCAAAUGUUUGAAGAACUUCUGCUGUUAUAUCGAGGACUCAUAUGACCCAUGGACUUUUCCAGAUUGACAACAGAAUAUAUUGUAAAACGUUAAACGGGUUCUGGACGUAAUAAGAUAAGUUACAUUCAUUGUUCUUUCGUUCUCAAAUAAGACCAACAUAAAUUACAAAAAAUAUACCCUUGCACUACAUCUAACCUCUGUCAGAUCCCAGCGUUCAGCACUACCGAUGACCUCUUUUAGACCAUAUCUCUUCAUCUGACCUCUAUUAGACUCCAGUACUACCUCUAACCUCUAUCAAACCCCACUACAUCUAAUCUCUAUCAAACCCCACUACAUCUGACCUCUAUCUACAUCCACUACAUCUACCCACUACAUCUGACCUUUAUCAAACCCCACGCUGUGGGGGACCGCUACAUCUAACCUCUAUUAGGUCCCACUACAUCUGACCUCUAUCAGGCCCCACUACAUCUGACCUCUAUCUACAUCCACUACAUCUACCCACUACAUCUGACCUUUAUCAACCCC